AGGCGAUGACGCGCGUGAUCUUAGUAUGCAGCGACCGGAAGCUGCGUGGAUCGGCGCAGAUCAUGCAGGAGGCGCGAGGUUUGGUCAAGGUUAUGGUUGUUUUGUUUCACAUCGCUGUAUAGACUUUCAGCUAUUUCUGAUCUUUACAGCAUUUACACACAAGAAAUACGUUUAACCCAGAGACUGGAGCAGGCCAGGCAUGAGCAGAGCACACCUGGACGAGUGGCAGAGGAGGUCCUUUGACAUUUCGUCUGGCUCCUGUACACCUGAACAGACGGCCGAUGCUUACCGGGCACACGUCCUGUCCAUUCAGUAUGCAUGGGCGAGUGCUGAGCUCUCUCCGGCCGGAGCUGCCAGCCUGCUCAGGACCUACUCGGAGUGGUACACCGCAGUCCUGGACUCAGACGACCCACUCACAGGGCUAAACAACUAUGCAGAGAGUGCCCUGCACCUGGCCCGCAAUCAAAAGAACCAUAGUGACAAAUGGGAGUCGUCCCUAACGUUUGAAAAUGUGUUCAACCUGCCGUGCGUGCAACGGAUGAUGCAGGCCAGGUCAAAAGAAGGCUCUCUCCUGGUAGAUCCGGCAGAUGUUAACAUCACUGUUGGUGGUGAAGUCAGCAGGGGAGAUGAGAAAGGCAGUGCUGUCUCUGGUCCUCCUCCUGGAUUAAAACGAGAGCCUCUGGCUCAUGGGCCCGCUGCGCCUCCACCUAGAGCUGAGUUGGGAAGGGGGGUCAGUAACCCACUUAGCGGUGCUGUAGAGUGGGCCAGAGCACUUGAAGUAGCCCCUCCUCGUAUGUCUCUGGCACAAAAUGCUCCAAAAGCUCCAACAGGAUCUACGCCUAUGUUUGGCCAUAACAUUUUCAGUUCCACAGGCAAUGCUAGUGUGUCUCAGUCUAGUGUGGGUUGCACAAGUGGAUCCAAUGUGCAUAAUCAGCCCGUGUUCUGUUCCUCCACAAACCCCUCCAAGAGGAAGAACUUCUACAGCUCAGGAACUGAAAGCAACAGAAGCUCAUUCCCGUCACAAGGCGAGCAGGAACCGCGAGAGAGGGGACGGAGAGGAGAGGAAGGUGUCAGCACUAAUUUUAGAUCAGCACAAGAGCAGUUCAUCGUUGACCAGCAAAAAAAGCAUUCCCAUCAGGGUCAGCGAGGCUCCGCGGCCAACGUUGCUGCAAUCACGAAGAAAUGCCUUGGGGCGAAUCGGUCUCGUGGGGUGGCCUCCAAAUUCGUCCCUCCCAUGCCAAGGCAAGAGGAAGAGGGCAACUCGAAGGAAUACGCACCACAAGACAUGCAACCUGUUGAUGAGCGACUAAAGAACUUUGAGCCCAAAAUCAUUGAACUUAUCAUGGGUGAGAUCAUGGACCAUGGCCCCCCGGUAGCUUGGGAUGAUAUUGCCGGCCUGGAGUUUGCCAAAGCCACAAUCAAAGAGAUCGUAGUGUGGCCCAUGUUAAGACCUGAUAUAUUUACUGGCCUUAGAGGUCCACCUAAAGGCAUUCUUCUCUUUGGUCCUCCAGGCACUGGUAAAACCCUUAUAGGGAAGUGCAUAGCGUGUCAGUCGGGAGCCACUUUUUUCAGCAUCAGCGCUUCGUCACUCACUUCAAAGUGGGUUGGAGAGGGCGAGAAGAUGGUACGGGCGCUCUUUGCCAUCGCUCGGUGCCACCAACCUGCCGUCAUCUUUAUUGAUGAGAUCGAUUCCCUUCUUUCUCAACGCACAGAUGGAGAGCACGACUCUUCCCGUCGGAUCAAAACCGAAUUUCUUGUCCAGCUGGAUGGAGCCGCCACCUCAGCAGAAGAUCGCAUCCUGGUUGUUGGUGCCACCAACCGGCCACAAGAGAUCGAUGAAGCAGCUCGCCGUCGCCUGGCUAAGCGACUCUACAUACCUCUCCCAGAGGCUGAGGCUCGCCGGCAGAUAGUGACUAACCUCAUGUCCCAUGAGAAAAGCCAGCUGGGAGCAGAUGAGAUGGAGAAAGUGGUGCAGAGCACAGAGGGCUUUUCAGGGGCAGAUAUGACACAGCUGUGUUGCGAAGCAGCCCUAGGCCCCAUUCGAAGCAUUAGUCUAAGUGACAUUGCUACAAUCUCAGCAGAACAGGUUCGGCCGAUACUCUACAGUGACUUCCAGGAGGCUCUCAAAACAGUGCGCCCCAGUGUCUCUUCUAAAGAUCUGGAGUCAUAUGAAGAGUGGAACAAGACAUUUGGCUGUGGUCGCUGAGUGCAUGUGUUCUGAUUAUAUCAAUUGAGUUUUACGUUAGCGUGACUAUAAUGUUGGGUUCAUUUCUUGAAAUAAAUUGUCAAUUUGAGUCUUUUUUCAUCGUUUUCAUGAACAUUCUUCUCAGAGAGCUGUGAGAAGAACAUUCUUCUCUGUUUUUUGUGAUUGCAAAAAAAACUGACAUUUCUGCAGUUUCACAUUAAGCAUUCGUAUUCAUGCAGCCACAAUUGAUUGACUCAAAACAGCACUCAAGAUUUUGUAAAACUGAGCUUGUUACUCUAGGCCU